AAUUUGCUGUGAGGAAAAGAAUGAAAGAGAAACGGCAAAACAGGGACCCCAAUAUCGCACGUGUUAGGCAAAGAGUCGCGUGCCGAAAAGGCGUUUCCAGCUGCGUGUGAUGCUUUCUUGUAUAUUUUUUGGGGUGCGCAAGCGCCUCUACCAUUGGAUGAGGGGAGAAUAUAGAGAGUCCGUGUUAUGCUGAGGAUGUGUACAUUUGAGCCACUGGAAAUGCCUGGAGAAUCCCAUAAAUACCAACAUUUCCAGCACUUGUACACUCAUUCACUCCUCAUUUCUCGUCGUGGUGGCAUCGACUGUGUGCUUUAAGUGAUUUUUUCAAAGAGUUUGAUUUUCCAGUUGUGUUUCGUUUGAACGUUUUUUUAUUUUUUUUAAUUUUGGGAUUUUUUUUCUGUGUUGGAAGAAGGAUUCUGUACCUCUGUUUGAGAGUGUUUAAUGUGAAUUAUGAGAUGGCAUCUCAACAGUUCGUGCCAUUUCGGCAAAUUGCUACUGGUGGUCUUCUGACCACCGUGGCAGAUUUGCCGGUGAGUAUAAAGCGUCAGUACACAGUACUAACGGAAUCCCCACUGGAUUUGUCAGUGAAAUCGGGAUUAGACGCUAUUACACCACCGAGUACUCCGUCUCCGCCAAAGAAGCGCUAUCGCGAGAGUGAGGUGAAGGUGGAAGUAAAGACGGAGACUGAGGAGAUUAAUCAGAGGACACCCAGCAGUAAGCCAAAGGCAGGGAGAUCUGCCACAAAAAGUGAACAUAAGAGGACGAAAGCCGUGCGCAAAUUAAAAUUUGAUGAGGAUACCUCAUCACCGGUUUCGGGCACGAUUAUUCGACCUCUGGAGGAGAUUGAUGAGAAUAAUGAGGAUCAGAUUGGUGACAUCGAUCCACAGUACAAUAUUGUGGAGGUGACGGAGGAAGCCAAGGCUGAAAUAGCUGCCAUCCCCAAUGUUAUUGGCGCCUAUCAGUGUCGAUUGUGUCGCAAUGAGUUUGAGGAUGCCUUUGGAUUGGCGCGACAUCGGUGUUCGUGCAUUGUGCUGCUGGAAUAUCGGUGUCCAGAGUGUGGGAAAAGGUUCAACUGUCCAGCCAAUUUGGCGUCACAUAGGCGCUGGCACAAGCCAAAGGAGCAACUUGUGUCUAAGCGACAGGACACCGCUGACUCAGACAGCCAAUUCCCGUGCACCGAGUGUGGGAAGUUCUUCAAGAGGAUGGCCUAUCUGCGAAAGCACAUGGCCACUCACACAAAGAAGGACAAGGUUCUGUCUCAUAGUUCACGCAGCAGUGACUCAUUCAGUGAACCAUCGCGUGCCGAAGACAGGCAGAAUAUCACUGAAAUGAUUUUCCGCUACACUAUGCGAAAUACACCGUCCACCACAUCAUCUUCAGCCUCUGACCGUUCAACUCCAUCACCCAGGAUGGAGAUCAUCGAUGAUGCCUUCACGGAGGAAGAGAAUCUUGCCGCAGCGGCUCUCGCUCAUCUCCGCAACGGACCAUCCGUUAUUCGACAUACAACAGCUCUUGUGGUGUGACAUAAGGGCUUGUGGUUGUCCCCAAGGGAAAGUUCUAGCUCACCUAGGUCACUAUCAUAAAUUUCUAAGUCUAAGUAUAAGGUGUAAAUAAUUUUUCUCUCAAGACAGAGAAGAAAAUCAUACGAAAGAUGGGAUUAUCUAGUCAAAAGAAAAAAACUCUAUAAGUUAUGUGUUUUUUUUUUCUAAUUGAUAAGUGGAAUUUUUAUUAGUUUGAAAUAUUUUUUUCUGGAAGAAAGUUGAGUGUUUUCAUUUAAUUUUUUCCUUAGUUUUGGAAUAUCUUUGUGUUGAGCACAGUGUUGUUGAAUGAAUAAGCCAUAGGAAGGAGCUUCUGUUGCAUCUUUCACUGGAUUUUUUUUUUUAAAUAGGGGAAAUUGGGGUGUAGUAAACUUGGGAUAGCUAUAAACAUUUAUUUUUUGAAAUCUAUGAAUUUUUAAAGGUCUCGUCCUCUGAAGUCCAAUAUCUAAUUUUAAAAAAUCGCAGUGUUAAUAACUACUCUAUUUAUGUUCACUACUGCUCCAGUUUCUCCUUUAAUUCCAUUUUAAAAUCAUACCAAAAAUCCGGAAGUUUUCAUUGGAAAAUAUCACUUUUUCUGAUCAUAUUAAUGUGAAAAAAUUAUUUAAAAAAAGAACGCUUAAAUCCCUUAUAAUGAUUACGAGAGUUAAGGAAAUGCACAUUUUGGAUACAAAAAGACCUCUUUUUUGUAGCUAAAUUAUUUAAAACGACAUUUUAUUAUUUAAUUAUUAAACAACAUAAUCGAAUUUGGUGACUAAAAAAUGAUAUGAGAAAAAUAGAAUUUUUCCUAUUUAAUUUACAAACACUGCAUUUUAAGAAUAGCCAUCCUUAGAGCCUAUAUUAUAAAUCAUGUUAAUUUUUUCAAUUUAAAGAUUCAACAAACUAUUUUCAAAUUUGUACAUUAUAGCUCCGGUACACCUUUUAGAUCAGGAAAAUUUCACGAAGUCUAAAUUCGCGUCUUUUUCUUUCUCAAAAGAUUUACAUUAGUCUAUCUCACUCUUUCCGAUCUUAAAUUGGACUGAACUAUUGGUGUGAUGUUCAAAAAAAAAAGAAGAAAAGUGCGAAAAAGUACGAUAGAUAUAUGCAAAACUUUUAAGAAGGAACGGGACGUGAAUCUUGAUUUCAUGUAAUUUUCUUGAUCUAAAAGCUGUGCCGAAGCCAUUAAUACAUAAAAAUUUAUUUCUGACCAAAUAAUACCGAUUAAAACCACCUAAAAAUAUUUAUGCAGUUCUCCAGAUCAAUUCGAUUAGUUUGUUUGAUUUUAUUUUUGAUAAUAACUUCGGAAAUACACUAAAAUUUUCGUGAAUAAAAGCUCUUUUGAUUUAAGGAACUUAAGUUAUUUUAGAAAAAGCAAAAAAAUAUUCCUUAUGCCUCCGGCACACCUUUCAGAUCGAUAAAAUUUUAUGAAAUCAAAAUUCGGGUUUUUUUCAUUUACAAAAAAAUAUGCAUACACUAAGAAAAAAAAGAGGAUGCGAUUAACUUUUUUUUCUCAGAAAUUUAACACUUUUUAGGUGUAAAAAUAUAUCAACAUUUUUAUUGUUCAUUUUACACCUUUUUAAGGGUAAAAAUAACAUGAAAAAGGGUAACUUUAACCCCUAAUACACCUAAAAAGCAUAAUAUUUACACAGAUUUUGGAUCAAUACUGCAGGGUAAAAUUAACAUUUCCGGAGUGUUAUUUUAACUUUUUCGGAUUUCUCUUAGUGUAAGUCUAUUCCACUCUUUCGGACUCAAAAUUGGACUGAAAUAAAUUUAAUUUAGACGACAGGAAUA